AUCGCAGUGAGUUGUCGUUCCUUUGUAGGUGUCGCCACUUUACCCGGUCCAUAAAUAUCCGGCGUACUCGGAUUUUAUCCUACUACAAACCAGGAAGAAAAGUUAUAUCUUUGUGAUUUUUAACAAAAAUUCUAAGUUUAUAAUGCCGAGUACGUGUUGUUGUGUACCAAAUUGUCACAAUAAAGGAGGGCAUGAAUUCCCAACCGAAAAAGAUCGACGGGAGAAAUGGAUUGUAGCCAUAAAACGCCUCGAUGUUGAAACAAUGAAAAACUGGAUACCAUCGGCUUCAGCCGUUGUGUGCAAGUCGCAUUUUAGGGCUGAAGAUUACCUUCAGCAAACAAAAGACGGAAGAAAACCCUGUCAACAGAAGCUCCUGUCAUCUGCUGUUCCCACGCUAUUUCAAUGGACAAAACCAAAAACUCCAUCAGAUGUAAGUCGGAGUGAACGGCUUUGUGUGAGAGAAAGUCGGAAGAGGAAAAGAGAGUCUGAUGUUGUCCGACAUUUAGAAGCUGAAUUUUCGCAGCCUUUAGAUGUAAUUGAAGAGAUCGUACAACCCUCGGAUGAUGAUAAUAUAUAUACUGCUGUUCCAUUAAAGAUGGUAAAAGAUUGUGCUUCGCAAACAGUAGCAAAACCAAUGUUUGAUAUUGAUAACUUUGCAAAUGACAAUGAAGGAAUUCUUUUCUACACUGGGUUAGAAAGUUACAUGAAAUUCAUGUUUGUAUUAAAUACACUUGGGCCUGCAGCAUACAAUCUUAAUUACUUAUACCACCAUGUCAUAUCUAUCUCUGUGCAAAACCAAUUUUUCAUCACACUUAUGAAACUAAGAAGGAAUAUGACACAUUUUGAACUUUCAAGACUGUUUAAUAUAUCAGAGGGAAGUGUUAAAAAUGUAGUCUAUACAUGGAUAACAUUUAUGUCUAAACAGUGGCGUGAAAUUAAUAUAUGGCCAUCACGAAAUUUAGUGCGCUACUUUUCUCCCUCAGACUUUAAGUCUAAAUUUCCAACUACACGUGUAGUUAUUGAUGGAACAGAGUGUCCUAUAAAAAAACCAAAGGCCCCAAGAGCUCAACAGGCGACAUAUUCAACCUAUAAGAACCGGAAUACAGUAAAAACUUUAAUUGGUGCUUCACCAGGAGGCGUAAUAACAUAUAUAUCCCCCUUAUAUGGUGGAUCAACAAGUGACAGACAAAUUGUUGAACGUAUUUCUCUAUUUACCAUGUGUGAUCCUGGAGAUUCCAUAAUGGCAGACAAAGGAUUCAAUGUGCAAGAUUUGUUUGCGCCUUAUAAUGUGACAAUUAAUGUGCCAACAUUUUUCAAAAAAAAGAACAGAAUGUCAGGAAAAAUUGUUAUGAAGGACCGCCAAAUUUCCAGCAAAAGAGUACAUAUAGAACGCUUAAUUGGCCUUGGAAAAACAUACAAAAUUUUGUGUUAUCCAAUGUCUGGUACUGAUGCUAAAGUCUCAUCAGAUAUUAUAUUUGUAUGCUUCAUGCUUUGCAAUUUUAGACCACGAAUUAUUUCCACAAAUGCAUGAAUUCAAUUUUGAAAGUUGAAGUUUGAUUUAAAGGCCCAUUAUGUCUCAGAAAUUCUACCAAUUUUAUUUCUCAAAAACAAUUUUUUAUUUUUUUUCUGAUACAGUUUUCAAAGUUAUACUCAUUUGCCAUAUAUAUCGACUUUCUUUUGCAACUAUAGCUCUUUUGGCAAUCGGUAUAAUUAUAGAUAGUUAGUACUUUGUCUGGAAAUCAAAUACUACUUUGUUUACAUUUUCUUCCUUUAUGACACAUUACUAAGCUUCAGUGCUACUUUUUUAGUUGUUUAACGUCUAGCAUGCCCUUAAACCACUAUUCAACAGUUUACACUAUAAAACAUGGAAGUAUUAAAAAAUAUUGAUUUCUGAGACAUUAUAUGCCUUUAAGUUUAAGUCUGAAAUUUAUGCCUAUACCU